AUGGCAUCAUUUGGGCUGGGAAAGACACGGUGUUUUUCAUCCUCGGGCUGUCGAGUUAGCAGCGAUGGAAAGCCAGCCAAGUUUCAGCCGCCUCCAAAGCCCGUCAUUAUUGACAAGCAGAAGCAGAGAGAGGAGAGGAGGUUCCUGAGCCCUGAAUUUAUUCCUCCCAGAGGGAGAACAGAUCCUCUUAAAUUUUUUAUAGAAAGAAAGGAUAUGAUACAGAGACGGAAAGUCUUCAACAUCCCAGAGUUCUAUGUUGGCAGCAUACUUGCUGUUACCACUGCAGAUCCUUAUGCCAACGACAAAACCAACCGGUUUGUAGGAAUCUGCAUUCAAAGAGGAGGGAAAGGACUUGGUGCAACCUUUGUCCUUCGGAACGUUAUCGAAGACCAAGGUGUUGAAAUAUGUUAUGAGCUGUACAAUCCUCGAAUCCAGGCCAUUGAGGUUCUGAAGCUAGAGAAGAGGUUGGAUGACAACCUGAUGUACCUGCGAGAUGCCCUCCCUGAAUACAGUACCUUUGAUGUGAAUAUGAAACCUGUAUCUCUUUUAGACCAUGAAGAAAUUCCUGUAAACAAGCUGAAGGUACGAAUGAAACCUAAACCAUGGUCAAAACGGUGGGAAAGGCCAAAAUACAAUAUAAAAGGAAUAAAGUUUGAGCUACCUGAAAAGAAAAUGAAAGAAGCACAGAAGUGGAGCCAGCCAUGGCUUGAGUUUGAUAUGAUGAGAGAAUAUGAUACUUCAAAAAUAGAGGAUAAAAUUUGGAAAGAAGUGAGUGAAGAGCUUCAAAAAUAAUGGAUUUUUGCAGUCUGAGGAUUGAGAAAAUUAAUAUUUACAUUGAAUACUGUAUGGAUUAUAACUUGUGAAGUUUUGUAUAUACAUAGGCAAAAUACAAUAAAAUUAACCUUUCCAGA